AUGUUAUUACCAGCGGGUAUCGACGUCCAUACCCACUUAACUGCCCCCGAUUCUGCCGACGAUCUGUUAACCGGCUGUAAAGCCGCUAUUGCAGGAGGGACUGCUACAGUUAUCGACAUUGUUUCUCCCAGAAAUGGAGAAUCGCUCACAUCCUCCUUCUUCAGAGUCAAGGAGGGGCUGUCAUCGUCUCUAUGCAAUAUUGGGCUUUCAAUAGUGGUACAGCAAUGGUCUGAAAGCGUGAAAAAGGAAAUGGAAAAAGCCGUUUCGGAGGGUGUCAACAGCUUUGUUAUAGAUGUCGAAGGUGAUGAGGUACUUUUCCAGGUGAGGCUAUAAAU